AUGAGGACAAGGCGUCGUAGGUCACAGGUUUAUGCUUUCACACUUGCAGUCCUCAUUGCAAUAUCAUGUUUGGUAGUGUGUUGUGAUCUCUUCUUUCUUAGCGUUAUCCAUUUACCGUUAGAAGAGGAAAAGGCGUCUGCACCUAUCAACGUGGACGAGUGCCUGAGGCUCACUGCCCCGAGCACCGUCAGCAUUUGGCAAGAGCGUGAGUUUCUAGUGAUUGUUGGCAUACCCUCUGUUGAUAGGGACGAGUGGCAGAAGCGACGGAACCUUCAACGGCGGACUUGUUGGCAAUACGCUGGCGUGGCUACCUUAGAAAACAACUUUACAGGUGAGCUUCUCCCGCUGUACCUCCUCGCACCACAUCAAUUAAACGGGUACGAAAUCUCAGAAUCGCUGCGGGAUGAGGCUUCACGAACAAAUGACGUGGUUAUGCUUCCAACCAAUGAUGUGUGCUCGUUUUCACGAAGGAAAAUUGGUGAAGGUGGAAGCUGGGGAGUUGAGUCAGAGCUUGUGAUGAGCCGCAAGACCUUCCUUUGGCUUCAGUUUGCCGUUACCGCCUUUCCAAAUGUAAGUUAUAUUGUGAAAGGUGACGACGAUGUGUUUGUCCGUGUACCGCAGUAUCUCGCGGACCUCCGUGUGAUGCCUCGUAAUGGAUUAUAUAUGGGCCGUGUCUAUGGUGCCACAUUCUUCUGGAGGUCGGGUGGGAUACCAUUCGCUGCAGGAUACUUCACUACCUUUUCCAGGGAUGUUGCAGAAGCUGUUGCCUCCUACAGGCCUCUUGAACGACUUUUGAAGGCACCCUACUCCAUAUGGCGUAUGAGGCAGUACCUUUCCAUGAGUGUGUUGCAUGAGGAUGUAAUGACCGCUUUAGUGCUGCAAGAUAAGAUCAGGUAUAAGGGCCUGAUUAUUGUUGACGCCGCACCUUGUCACUUUCAUAACGCAGGCAAGAAAGGUAUCAGAGCAUCCUUAAUUGAUGAGUACGUAGUAGUCCACCAUAUAAAGGAAAAUGACUACGAGGUCCUUAUGAACCAUUUUGCUGAUAUUGCGGUGCAGCCUAAGCCAUCAAAAGUCAUGUGGAGAAGUGAAAACUAUGCAGUCAUGCAGUGUUUUGCGACUCUAAGACUAAGGAGAAGUGCGUUGCUCGCUCUUUUAUCUGCGUUAGGUACUACUUUCCGUCGGCACCCUUAG